AUGGCUGCUCUGGCAAUGGCUGUCGCUGCGGCGGCCGCCGGGCGGCAACAGAAUGACAGCCGUUCCAGUACUGCCAGUGCUGGUCGACAAUUUCAGAACCGGAAGAUGAAAGCUGAACAAGCUAAGAAAGUUGAAUUCAUAAGAACUGCAGAAAAGCUAAAAGCUCAGCUUGCAAAUAUAGAAAAAGACAAAAAUGGACAUCUCUACAAUAGGAAGAGUAAUUUCAGGGCAGAAUACAGCAUACUAGAGGAACUAGAACAUGGCAUGACUGUCAGCAGGAAAAAUGAAAAAGCUAAAAUCCUGCAGCAGCUAUCAAAAAUACAAAAUAAUGUGAAGAGACUUCAGCAACAACUAAAAGAUGUGAAGCCUACACCAGAAUUUGUUGACAAGCUCAAGGAAACGAUGGAAGAAGUUGAAAAUGCAAUCAAUGCUUUUAAAGAAGAACAGAGGCAAAUCUAUGAACAGCUUUUGAAGGAGGAAAAAACUGCCAUUAAUGAGCUCAAUGUCUUUGAAAGAAAAGUGGAACUGUGGGCGUUAGGCAGCUCAACAACAGAAGUAGUUUCUAAAUUACUAUCAGCCAGGGUCUCAGUUGAUAAAACACUGGAAAAUCAUCUACCUGAAGAAGUAGUAGAGUUUGAAAGAUUUCUUCAGCAAACAGGAGGGCGGCAAGGAGGCUGGGAUGACUAUGAUCACCAAAAUUUUCUGAAAGUAAGGACAAAACACAAAGGAAGGCUAUCUUAUGUGGAUGAAGCCCUUGAGUAUCUCUGUGGAAGAACAAGAGAAGAUAUUGAACAGCAUGACAAAUGGUAUCAAGAAUUUCUAAUUUUACACAAAAGAAAGAAAGAGUCAAUUAAGAAGUGGAAAGAAAAAGAAGGAAACUUAAAGGAGAAAGAGAGGUCAGAAAAAAUGCUUAAGGAAGAAUGGCUACAGCGUGAAGACGGUCCAAAGCAAAAAGCAGAAGAAAGAAAAAGACAACAAGCAGCAAUUGAAGCAUGGAAGAAACAGAAAGCAACAGCAUUUGCAAUGGAACGAGCAGCAGAAUUACAACUAGAAGACAAGAAGGAGAAAAAGCAACAAAAAGAACACCAGCACCAAUGCCACAUGAAGUUAGUGUUGGAAAGGUAUACGUUGCAGAAGAAAGAAAAGGAGGAACUUGAAAAGCUUGAAAAGGAGAAGAGAGAGGAAGCUGAAAAGGAGGAAAGGAAGAGAAUUGCUGCAGAAGAAAUUACUAAGUUUCAAGAGGGUGAUCUACGUAAACUGGAGCAAAGGAUUCUACAAAAACAAGCUGCAGAAGUAGAGAAACGAGAAAAAGGAAAAAGAUUGGCCAAGUUAAGAGAGAAGGUCGAGAUUCACGUAACCAGAGACAGGUCCAGGCUGUACAGACCUACCAAGGGCUGGGAGGAACGCACAAAAGAGAUCACACCAACAGCUUCAGAGCCGCUUUUACGUAUUCCUCAUAGAGCUGUCCCAGGCUGGAGACAAGGGUUAUAGAUGAGCACCUACCUG